AUGACGACUUUUGAUUUCUCCGAUGUGGAGGCUUUCUUGGAUUGUCACCCGGACCUUUUCGAAGAAUACCUUAUUCGCAAAGGAAAAUACGACACUGUGAGCAGGUGGUUGAAGGAACACCAGCCGCCCAAGGUGCCACCGGUGGACGAUAAGCGCAGCGUGGCGAGAGAUCCCUUCUGGCCCACAAAUCCUGACGGGCUUCAGCGGCGCUCUUCGCACAUGGAACUUAGACGGAACUUCGCCCGUUCCAAAGCAAUGACAGCGCACCGAACCUACGAUGAGCACGUAAGCCUCAGCGCUCACGAGUCCCAGUCCAGCAUGCGUCGCCGUGCGCUUUUACGGAAAGCCAGCUCCUUACCCCCGACUACUGCGCACAUUCUGAGCGCCUUGCUUGAAUCCAGAGUGAAUGUGCCACAAUACGCAUCCAGCGCUAUCGACUACAAGUACAGACUUAAGGAGUCAAAUGAACGGGAAUUUUUCCUUGAGUUGGUGAAAGAUAUCUCCAAUGAGUUGGACAUGACUAACCUCAGUUACAAGAUCCUGAUAAACGUGUGUAUCAUGCUGGACGCUGACAGGUGCUCGCUUUUUCUUGUCGAGGGACCCUCUCAUAAGCGAACGCUCGUGUCUAAGUUUUUUGAUGUGCACUCGGGGACAACGGUGCGGCCCUCCUCCAGCACCCUGAACUCCAACGAGGUGCAGGUACCUUGGGGGAAAGGUAUAAUCGGAUAUGUAGCCGAACAUGGUGAGACUGUCAACAUCCCUAACGCAUACGAGGACCAUCGCUUCAGUGAUGAGAUUGACAAGCUGACCGGGUAUAAGACCCAGUCCAUUCUGUGCAUGACCAUCUGCAACAGCGAUGGUGAUGUCAUCGGCGUGGUGCAGGCCAUCAACAAGAACCCCAGCGGUGCGACUUUCACUGAGGACGACGAGAAGGUACUGCAGAUGUAUCUACCAUUCUGCGGAAUAUCGAUCUCCAAUGCCAAGCUGUUCUCUGAGUCCCGCAAGGAGUAUGAGAGGAGCCGGGCUCUGCUGGAGGUGGUGAAUGACCUGUUCGAGGAGCAGACGGACCUGGAGAAGAUUGUGCGGAAGAUCAUGCAGCGUGCGCUGACCUUGCUGCAGUGUGAGCGCUGCUCUGUGCUGCUGCUGGAGGACAUACACUCGCCUGUGGUGAAGUUCUCCAAGACCUUUGAGCUGAUGUCCCCCCUGUGCAGUGCUGAGCAAGAUAUCAGCAUGGAGAAGCUAUCCUGUUCUGAUUGGCUGAUUAAUAACAGCAUCGCAGAGCUGGUGGCGUCCACAGGGCUACCUGUUAAUAUCAGUGAUGUGUGUCAGGACCCACGCUUUGAUGCUGAGGCAGAUCAAGCUUCUGGGUUCCAUAUCCGCUCAAUUUUGUGUGUGCCCAUUUGGAACCGAACACAUCAAAUCAUCGGGGUUGCGCAGAUCCUGAAUCGGCUUGACAGGAAGACGUUCAACGAUGCGGAUCAGAGGUUGUUUGAGGCUUUCGUGAUUUUCUGUGGGCUGGGAAUAAACAACACAAUGAUGUACAACCAGGUGAAGAAGACCUGGGCAAAGCAGUCUGUGGCUCUGGAUAUGCUGUCCUAUCACGCCACAUGUUCCAAGGUGGAGGUGGACCGACUGAAGGCUGCCAAGAUCCCUCUGAACAGCGAGCUGGGUAUAGACGAGUUUCACUUCAACGACUUCUCCCUUGACAAUGACGCCAUGAUCACCGCCUCUCUGCGGAUGUUCUUGGACCUGGGAGUGGUCCAGAAGUUUAAAAUUGACUAUGAGGUUCUGUGCCGCUGGCUACUGACGGUCAGAAAGAAUUACCGCACUGUUGCCUACCACAACUGGCGGCAUGCCUUCAAUGUCUCCCAGUGCAUGUUCGCCAUGAUCAAGACAGCUGGGUUCCAGGAGGUCCUAUCAGAAUCAGAGACUUUGGCACUGAUGGUAGGGUGUCUUUGCCAUGACUUGGAUCACCGUGGCACUAACAACGCCUUCCAGGCUAAGUCUGGCUCGGCCUUGGCACAGCUGUACGGAACGUCUGCCACCCUGGAGCACCACCAUUUUAAUCAUGCAGUCAUGAUACUGCAGAGUGAGGGUCAUAACAUUUUUGCCAACCUCUGCUCCAAAGAGUACAGCAACAUGAUGCAGCUUCUGAAGCAGGCCAUUUUGUCCACGGAUCUCACCCUGUAUUUCCAAAGAAGAACCAAGUUCUUUGAUUGUGUGCUGUCUGGAGAGUUCAGCUGGAAGGAUGAGCAGCACAGGGAGUUACUCAGGUCCAUGCUCAUGACAUCUUGUGACUUGGGAGCAGUGACACGACCCUGGGAAAUCUCUAAACAGGUGGCAGAGUUGGUGACUAGUGAGUUUUUCGAGCAGGGUGACCGGGAGAGAUCAGAGCUGAAGCUGACCCCAGCUGCCAUCUUUGACCGGAACCGGAAGGAUGAGUUGCCUGCCCUACAGCUGGAGUGGAUUGAUGGGAUCUGUAAACCUCUGUACCAGGCUUUAGUGAAGUUGAACAGGAAACUGCAGCCCAUGUUGGAAGAAAUCAAUGCAAAUCGAAUGAAGUGGGAGGAGCUCUCUUCAUCCAAUCAGCAGACACAGAAAAUCCUAGACCACAAUCCACUGCCCGAAGAAUAA